ACGGUCGGGUCGAGAGACAUCGAUGUUGCGAUACAGGUCAUUUGCACUGGCUAGGAGUUCGCUAUGCACUUUAGUACGAGGGUGCGGAGGGUUCAUACGUGCAGUCGCUGGUGUUGCAGCAACACAUGCAGUUGUCGUAAUGUGAACCGACUCUAGAACUGGAGACAGACCCGUACUAGCAACAUGAGAGUCAUCGAGGGGCUCAAGGGCAGGCAAGUCAUCGGCGGAAUCAUCGUCCUCGACGCCACUUUCAGUAAAAUUAUUGCUUUUUGGACGCACAGAAGAUUUUCCGUCGACUGCCUUUCCUUUCCCUUUCUUCUUCUUCUUCUUCUUGUCAGCUCCAAGCGAAGGCGGUGAUUGCAUUUGAAUGGAAGACGCCAGAGGGAGCGUGGUCUGGGCGGAAGGAGCAUGCAGAGACUGUUUAUCCCUCUGUGGCUUUCCUGUGGACAUCCUGGGGUGAUUUGAGAGAAAUCAGCGCACAAGAGAAAAUACGACAAGAAAGCUCGUUCUGAAGGAUGCCCCGUAAUGAGAAACUUAGGCCCGAGAUCUAUACGCAAAUUGUCUUUGGACUGGAGAUGUGAUCUCGAGUGAGAAUACCGGAGAUGCAGAGAGGAUAGUGCCAGACAAAGAUCCCGAUAAGACUUUUGUGAGAUAUUGCCAGCAGGCCGUGGGCUUGUCGAUACUUCAAGUGAACGUC